AUGUCUCCAUUCAUUGAUAUCAUUGGUAACAAUGGUUACUCGAAACGAAAUAUGGUCGAAAAGACUUCCAGUAUGACACCAUCGAAGAAAGAAGCCCUUAUUCUCAGUCAUUUAUGUUCGAUACUUGAGCUUCCCACAUCAGAAGUUGAUCUGGAAUCCAACUUUGUUGGUCUUGGUGGCCAUUCAUUGAUGGCUAUUAAGUUCUCCAAAGCUUGCAAACGAGAUGGUCUCGUCCUAUCAAUACCUUCCAUUCUUUUGAGUACCACUCUUACACAACUCAUCGAUUCGGCUACCGAAAUAAGAUCUACUCCUUCAACAAAUAUCCUGAAGAAUACAUGUGAUCUGAAUACAAUUGUCAGCCCUACACGAUUGAGUCAUGAACGCCGCAUGUCACUUUCUAAGCCAGUCCAAUCGAAUGGACAUACAACAUCCGCCUCCAAUAUCUCAUUAACAGAGAUGCAACACUCAUUUAUGCACAGCUAUCAAAGACAACCUGGUAGCAACAUCAUUAGUUUCUAUGAAACUUACAGUUCCGCCAACAUUCCAGCUAUGAAAAUGGCUUGGAAGACAGUUAUAGAUUCGGAGCCAGUGUUCCGGACAAUUUUCGAUCACGAUAGAGUUACAGCGACUUAUUCGAAACAACCAUUACCAUUUAUCUGGGAUGAAGUGUUUGUGGAAGAUACCGAUAUCCACAUAUCAGAGUUAGAAAGGGAGAUUGUACCCGAGAAGAUGGAGGUUACUUUUACAGUUCUUACUCCAAGGACUCAAAGAUCAGGAGAUGGUGGCGUGAGCACAAUAAUAUGGAGAGUUCACCAUGCAUUUAUUGAUGGAUACUCUGCAAAUCUAUUGUACGAAAAAGUUCGAAAGAUUGUGAUGGGUCAGAAUAUUGUUCCAGGCACACCAUUCUCAAAUGUUAUCCACGAAGUACAAAAACAUCAACAAAUGAACCGAGAUGUAAGCAGGGCUUUCUGGAGAAAACAAAUGGAAUUGCAUCCAUCACCAGUUGGUGAUUUAGCUCUUCCGGUCCCAUCGUCACCCUCCAAACUAUCUCGAAAUGCCGAUGUUUCAUUUACGAUACCCUCUGAAGAAAUUGCCGAAGCUGCGAGAUCGGCUGGCAUUUCAUUGGCGUCGUGGUUUCAAGCAGCUUGGGGUCUGGUACUAUCCAUGUAUGCCGAUUCCGAUACUGUAGUCUUUGGUACUGUUCUUUCUGGUCGCAAUUUGUCGAUAGCUGGGAUGGAUGACACAAUUGGACCACUGAUAAACACACUACCAUUUCAUGUCUCGCUAGACCGCAAGCAAACGACUUUGGAAUAUGUUCAAUCUGUCUUCAGACACUCGGUUGACUUGAGCUCAUUUCAACAUUCUCUUCCAGAAGAUGGGUACAGUAGGCAAUUUGCAUCAGCAUUGGCUAUGGAGUUUGAUAUGAAGCCUACCGAUGAUCAUUUGAUUCGUCCUAUUGGUCAAUCAUGGUUCAAAGUCGUGCCCGAUAUUCCACUUAGUAUCUUUAUGUCUACGACUGGAACCAUCAGAAUGUCUUAUCAAACACAGAAAUACACUGACACCGAUAUCGAACUACUAUCCGAGAAUUUUCAAAGUGCUAUCUUGUCUCUUCUGUCGCCAAAGAAAUUCAUCGGCGAAUGCUUAUCCAAUUUACUCUCUUCCAAAUCUCAUGAAACAUUGAUGAAGAUGGGAAAUUGCUUAACAGAUGAAACAUCACCAGCAUCGAUUAAAGAUGACUUGGUCACUUUGUUCGAGCGCGCCGCUGCAGAGAAUCCAUCCAUUUUAGCUGUCGAAAAAGCCGGAGACAGUUUGACCUAUCAGGAAUUUGAUAAGAUGGCCACAAAACUAUCAGCCCAACUCUCUAGAUAUGUUCAACCAGGUGAUAUUGUCUGCGUCCAUGCAGAUCGAAGUAUCAACUGGCUCGUUGCCAUUUACGGUAUCCUCAAGACCGGCGCGGUGUAUUCUGCACAAGAUGCUGCCUUACCGGGUCACAUUCGGGAAGCCAAUUUCCAAACUGCUGGAGGAAAGCUCUUCUUAACACCGGCAUCUUCUCAACGAACUAUUGCGCCAGAAUCAUGCAAAUUGUGUCUUUCGGUUGAAGAUUUGGUCCAAUUACCUCUGCCAAGCUCGUUGGCUGUCGCCCCAAGACAAACACCUAGACCUGUGGAUAAUGCAUAUCUUUGCUUUACAUCUGGGUCUACUGGUAAACCCAAGGGUGUGAUGUGUAGCCACGAAGGCCUGGUAGCAUUUCAAAAGGACCUCGCUGUUCGACUUUUCGCACUUCCAGGCCAAAGAAUUUCUCAAUUGAUGUCGCCAGCAUUUGAUGGAAGUAUUCACGAGAUCUUCUCCGCUUUAAGCUAUGGUGCUACCAUUGUUCUAGCCGAUGGCAUACAUCCAUUUUCCCACUUGGAGAGGUCCACAGCUGCCAUCUUAACACCAUCCAUUGCCAAUAUUUUGGACCCAGAAGAUUUCCCCAUGCUGCGAAAUGUAUAUCUAGUCGGCGAGCCAGUUCCGCAACAUGUCAAUGAUGUAUGGUCUAGUGUUAAGAAUCUGUACAACAUGUAUGGUCCUACUGAAGCCACCUGUGGAGCUACCAUCAAACAACUACUUCCCGGAAAGCCGGUUAAUAUUGGAGCACCAAACCCCACUACUCGCGUCUACAUUCUCGACCGAAACCAACAACUCCUUCCACCGGGUGUGAUCGGAGAAAUCUAUCUUGCCGGUGUACAAGUUGCACGAGGAUAUAUCGGUAUGCCACAAAUGUCUGCCGAACGAUUUCUUCCCGAUUCCAUCUGCAACCGUCAAGGGGAAAUGAUGUACCGAACAGGCGAUCGAGGAUAUUUCAACCGAGCUGGUGAAGUCGAAUGUUUGGGCCGCAAUGAUCGACAAAUCAAGCUGCGUGGUUUCCGUCUUGAUCUUAAUGAUUUGGAAAUUCGUGUGGCGGAAGCUAUCCCGGAAUGUUCUGGUAUUGCUAUUUGUCAAAAGGGCGAUUACCUCGUUGCUAUGAUUCAGCCUGAGACACUUGACAUCGGAAAAGUUAGGGCAAAGGUUACUCAAGUGCUACCUGUUCAUGCUGUUCCUAGAGUAUUUCUAGCCGUGGAGAAAUUCCCAAUGACACCUGCUGGAAAGUUGGACUAUAAGGCUAUUACCAAUAUGACUUUGGCAGAAAAGGAGUCCACCCCAAAGAAGAUCGAAAGCUCGACCGAAGUCAGGAUUGCUGAAGCAUGGAAGGAAUUGUUGGGACUGGAAUCCAAUGUGGAGAUAACUAGAGAUUCUGAGUUUGUUUCACUUGGAGGUCAUUCCGUUAUGCAACUUCGUCUUGCGAGUAAACUUUCUGAAAUCUUCCGUGUGAGGAUGACGGUUUCUCACAUCAUGCAAUCAGCUAAUCUACUCGAAAUGGCAAAGAUCGUCGAGAAUCUUCGUGCUCAAUGUCAAUCUACUGAUGUCAAUGAUGCAUUGGUUCCGCUAGGAAAAUACAGAAUAUCACCCAUUGAGCGUGAAUGGUGGGAGAAGUAUAGACUAAAUGUCGGAACAUCUUCAUUCAAUGUUACCUACGCCUGUGCAAUCGACACCAAUAUUGUUGACACCGAUAAGUUAAUCUCAGCAUGGAAUACAGUGCUAUCACGCCAUCGUAUUCUUCGUUGCAGAUAUAUAAGGAGUGGGCACAAAGGUGGUGUACAAAGAGGUUACGAUCGAUUCCCUCCUCAGAUCAAGACAGUCAACAAACUUGGCCUUUGGAGAGAAUGUAAUCGACCUUUUGAUUUGGAACGUCAGCAUCCCAUCCGAGUGUUUCUCUCAAGAAACACAAUGCUUGCAUCCAUGAGCCACAUAAUUGCAGACUUGACUUCCCUUGAAGUUCUCCUCAAGGAGGUUACCACGCUUUACAGCGGUAAUUCACUACCACCUGUCGAGCAUACAUACAUGGACACUACACAAUGGAGCACCACAGCCACACCAACUGAGCAAAAGUGGUGGAAAGAAUAUCUUCACGGUAAAUCACAAACUUACACCCUCCCCAAUAUCGUAGAACGUACCACAUACACCGGCCGUACUCGUCUUACCAAGCUCCCCCAAGAUCUCACCCGCCAAAUUCUCAAAUUCACGGAUGAGCAAAAAGUCACACUCCAUCAAAUGGCUCUUGGUGCUGUAGCGCUUUCCCUACAACACGAUCAAAACGAUAUCGACAUCGUAUUGGGAGGUCCUUAUUUCAACCGCGGAGCCAAGGAUCUCGAAACCGUUGGAUUAUUCCUCGAGCCUCUCCCCAUUCGCAUCCGCCAACCUUCAACCUCCCAGACGACAUCCACAUCUUUCCUCCGCGCAGUACAAACCUCCAGCCAAGAAGCAAUCGCACAUGCUAUGCCUUGGGAUCAGAUUCUCAGCGCCACUUCCACCAAAGCGCGCUUUCCAAAUCAUCCACUGCUCGAUGUUAUGGUCACUUUUCAUGACAAUCGCACUCCCAAGACUAUGAUCGAAGGUGUGGAUCCUCUGAUUACCUAUACCGAAGGAAGUAAAUUUGCGCUCUUGGUGGAGUUUUCAGUGCUUUCUGAUGAUGCGAUUGCGUUGAGGUUAGAGUAUGAUACGAAUUGUGUGUCGAAAACAGAGAUUGUGGCAUUUGAGGCGGUGGUCUUUGAGGCCGUGAGAGGAUUGAUUGGAGAAAUGAGCUUGGGAGAUGUGAAGAAGAGUUUGGGGAUUAAGAAGAGGGAGAUCGAAAAGGAGAACAUUGGAAUGGUAGUAGCACCUACCAAUUAUUUUGGGAAGAGGGUAGACAGUCUCAGUGGUUUAUAG